AUGCGUCAGGUGCAUACCGGCUGCUUUGUUAAUCCUGACCGCAAACCUAUAUCAUUUGAAGAGCGUGUCGAGGGUCAGAAUACUCUUGUCAACUAUGUUCGCAGUGGGCAGUGGCGUCAGGAUGUUUUCAUGAACGAACCAGGCCGCGGCCCAGCGGCCGGCCCGAUUGGCCACUACGCUGAUAACCUGACUAAUAUUGCCCGACAUGACCGCUACUGGCGCCAGGGAUACGGUUCUAAUUACCAUCGCGAGCAGCAACCCGUCACACCUACUAGUGGCGGACGUAGCAGACGCCGCGGACAAAACCCUCCUCCGAACCCCGUUCCAUUUAUGACCCCCACUCAGCUGCAUGUGGCCGACGGCAUGAGUACUACCCCUGACGACUCUAGCGAGGAGGAGUAUAUCUCCGAUGAUAACGGUAAUGAAGAUGGAAAUAGAGAUGGCGACGGUAAUGGAGAUAGUGAUAGCGACAGAGAAGGUACCGGAGGUGGUGAUAGUGCUGAUGAUAGUGCUUUUGCACCUGCUUCUCCUUAG